UUCAUCUUCUUAACCCGACAUUCUUCAUUUAUCUAUAAGUAGAGCGAUCAAAACUUAUAAUCUCAAUAUUGGCUGUUGAAGGGAGUUUUGAAAUUGACACUUGGAUCUGUUCGAAAAAGAUGAGCUCUGAUGCAUCUUUCCAGAUCUAUCACAACGGCAAGUUUAAUGUCUCAGGCAGCGGUGUUGUUACAUAUGAUGGAGGGGAGAUUCACAAACUUGAUAGCCAACCGGAAUCAAUGUUGGAGAACUUGGUGGAUUCGUUGAAGUUGUCUUUGUCUGAGCAUAGGAUUUGGUUUAAACUUCCAUUUGAGAGUUUGUCGGAUCUAAAGAUGAUUUGUAAUGGAACCGAUGGAGUUGAGAGAAUGUGUAUAGCUGCAAAUUACACUAAAGCUGUUGAUAUUUUCUUGGAGAAAAACAUGGAGAAAGAAGGUGCUAUUGACGACAAUAUAGCUAAUGGUGAAGGUGAUGAUAAUAGAGCUUGUGGUGAAGGUGAUGAAUGCGGACAUGUAGAAGGAUGUGGUGAUGAAGAUGAGGUUUACAAUUCUGAGGGUACUCCUCCGCAUUCAGACUGUGAGGAUGAUCAUCAACAUGUUAGAUACAAAAAAGGCAGUGGACCAAACAAGUCAAUCAAGUCAGCUGUCACAAGCCUCUCAAGCAACUCAACCAAGUCAAGCAUCACAACCUGUUCAAGCAAGUUAAGCAUCACAAAUACAAGCACCAUCAAGCAUGAUGGCUCAUAUUUUAGGAGAUUUUUUUUUAUUGAGUUUCAGAUUUGAAAUGUUUAGGUAUGUUUUUUUUCUUUCUGGUAAUGCAGUUAGUUUUUAGGGGUUUAAAGAUGAUUAUCCUUGUUUUUUUUGCUGGUAAUGCAUUCAGUUUUUAAGUGUUUAGGAAUGGUUAUUGCUUUUUUUAUAUAUAAGACACUCGA